AUUCUGAUUCUCUCUAACAACUGUCACACUCUCAGCUUCUCCAGAAGAAGGUCAACAAGCACCAACGAGAUGCAGAUUCUGCUGCUGAGUCUUGUACUGGGUGUGGUUUGUGCUGUCCAGGAACCUCAAUCUGAGACUGAUUACUCACUGUUUUCAGGAGAAUGGAACACCAUUUACAUCGGAUCCAGUAACAUAGAGAAGAUCAGUGAGAACGGACCAUUCAGAAUUCUUCUCCGUAGACUUGAUUUAGACAGUGCAGGUGACAGAAUCAUCUACACGUUUUUUCUCAAGGUCAAUGGACAAUGCACAAAAAUAUCCUCUUUGGCAAUAAAAACAGAAGAAAAUACUUACGUUUGUCAUUAUGCAGGAAAAAAUAAAUUUGAAAUUCUCCAUUUGUCAAAAACUGCUAUCAUAAUAGAUAUUGUCAAUGAGGAUGAAGGAGGCCUGGUCACCAAAAUGGUUGCAUUGGUUGGCAAAGUAGGAGAUAUUCAGAAGGAAGAUAUUGAGAAGUUCAAGGAGGUGGCUAAAGAAAAGGAGAUUCCAGAAGAAAACAUUGUGAAUAUCAUCAAUAUUGAUGACUGUCCUACAAGUGAAUGAAAACAGGGACUUGCACCCCUCUGAAAUAAGCUGUCAUUGAGGACCAGGCGUAUCAUUUUCUCAGUGGUAUCAAGAUCAACAAUCUGAAAAAAAUCUUUCUUGUUCUUGUCUAACAUAACCUUUCUCUCUUCAUAAACAUGCUUUCUUUCCUAUUUUAUCUCUCCUAGUCACCAUUCAUGUCCUGUAUGGUGUUAUUAGAUUUCUGAGUGUUCAAAUAAAUUGAUUUACUAUGUAUGCUACA